AUGAUAAACACCCAGGACAGGUACUGAGGGGGCGGAGGAGGGGAGGCUUCGGCCUACGUCGCCUCAGGGACCCUGAAGGAAGCGGCGGACGGGGGGGGGGUACCUCGCCCCGCAUCUCCUCUCCUCACCGUUCUGCUCCCGUCGCCGCCCUUCAGGAUCGUGGCCUUCCUUUGGAAGCGGCCUACCCUCAGUAACCCCAGAAUAGACCCGGAUGAUACAAAAUGGAGGGGGGUAGGGGGGGUGGAGUUGCCAGAGAGCGAAAUGCGUGUGGGGAGGGGGCGGCGGGGAUUGCUUUUAUUUUAUUUUAUUUUUGUGGGCGCGCGCCCGCGCUGGUGGGGAGGGCUGGUUGCAGCGCGGGGCGCUUUGCACGCGCUCGUGCAAAAGGGGCGGGUGGGGCUGGGGGGCGGCAGUGGACCGAGGGAGGGUGGGGGGCGCCUGCUGCAGAUUUGCACGUCUACCCCAGAAGUGCCGGGCGAAGGAGUGGCGGGUGUUUUGUUGUCACCGCGAUCGCAGGACUUUGUUUUCGAAGAGAGCUUUUUUCCUCUUCGUCUUCGCUUCCCCCUUUUCAGCCUCUGGUAAAUGGGUAGAGGCAGCUUUGUCCCACUGCCAUCCCGUCUCCACCCCACCCCCGUCUCUGCAAUCCACUGUUAAAUCCUGUAACCACUUUUGCCCCCCCCCCGUGCCCCCUUGAAGCUAAGAUCCUGACACUCUGCAAUCCCCAAUCCAUGGGGUGACUCUGCAUUUUAAAAUGGCAUACCACAGUUACCUCUGUGGGGACUCCCUUACAGCCUCCCCAUCCAGGAAUUGAUGCUUAGUUUCACUGAAGCAUCAGGUGUUCCCAGACUGUUCACUGGGUGCACUCAUAGUAUGUUAACAAAGAAGCAAAUCCGGGGUUAACAAGUUAGAGCAAGGUGCAAAUGUGUGCAGACUAGGAGGAAUAAGUCCGAAAUCAAUAGGAGGGAAAUAGAUAAGGAAAUGGUACAGGAAACAGGUAUAGUGAUUAUAGAAGUCUUGCACCAGGAACUCAGAUAAUGGUUUGGUACACCAUUGGUCAGAAGACUUUGGGAAGGUUUGUGACAGCACAUCACAUUGCAUUCAAAAUGGCUGUAAGAACACCAAACAGCAUCAGGGUGCUUAGUUGUGUUAUUCAUGGAUGCUCCGUGUUUCAGAAAGGUGGAUGCACAAAUAAGUUAGGUGGACGCACACUCUUGGGAUUGUGGUUUGGUCUGGUUCUGUAAUUGAAUAGUUAGGUAUCUGGGGCUGAUGAAUAACCAGCUUCCCUAGGGUAUGCCUAAAUAAUGUUUACUGUACUACUGUGGAAACACAGAAUUACCCCCAAAACUGGAUAGCUAUACUAAGGCUCUUAAUAACUGCAGUACAUGAGGGGGUUGUUUUUUUUAGUGUGCUCAGUCUUCUGCACUAGGAGGGUGAAGACAGACUCUUAACAACCAGUUAGAGUAGGCAGUUCUUCUCCGGGUCUUGUGAUAAUUUUCACCCUGCACCCCACAUUUUGCUUGUGGUGAUUGGUCAAUAAUCAAAUUGCAAUUAGAUGUAGGUGCAAGCCUUCCAAAAGUGAGUUGAGUGAAGGUGCCUGAAGGAAAUCUAAGGAGAAAAAUACAGGAGAUUAAGCAGAAUAUUUACAAAGCACUUUUACAGUUACUUGUGUGACUGUCCUUUGUGGAAGUUUAGGCUGAGACAUAAACUUGCUCAUGGCACUUGGUGAGCUUCACUGUUGGCCCCUGCCAUGUCCACAUCAUACUGGCCUCCAUCCAGCUAUUAGCUGUGCUCCAAACUGCACUACAGCCACUCAUAUCCUGUAUUUUGAUAAAUAACUCUUUAUACAAGAGAGAAACCUGCAGAUAUUUGCCAGAUAUGCUACAUAUAUUUGCUAGCUCUUAUAUACCAUGUAUAUUCCCCAAGAGUGGCUAUUUGAAAAAGCUCUGGGUUCAUCUGUGUAUGUAUGUGCACUUGCACACAUGUAGACUGGAAAGUAAUUGAAAGUCAAAAAUGUCUUCAGGUGACUCAAAGAGGCAAAUAUUUCUUUGGGAAGGCCAAUGUAUGAAUAGCCCACCUGGCAGCAGAGCCCAGAUUUUAAAACAGAAAGGAAGCUGCUUAAAAUGCUUUUGGGAACAGCCUUCUCAGGCAUGCAGCUUCUUUUCUCCAACAUAAAAUGUUAGUUUCUAAUUUGAAAUUGAAUAGUUAAAAGUUUGAAGUCAAAUUGUCACUUGAGCUGGCAAGUGCUUACAUGCAUGUCUGGAAAAACUCGAUGCUUUGCAAAACAGGAAGGCCCUUUGUUUACAGCUGUUCAAAGGAAGGAGUUCUUAGCUUUGUCCAAGACAUACAUGUAGCUGAACUUCCAAAGAAGCACAAAUACAAUCUUAGUUAUUUUACUCUCCAUUAUUCACAAUGUACAGUACAGCAAAGUGGAAUAAGGGGCUCUGAUGUGUUGUUAAAUUUGAGUAAGAUGAACAUAAGAGACUCAUCAGGAUGUUUUUAAAAAUCUACUUAAGGCCUCUUGUGUUAUGUAAAUGGUUAAGUAAUUCUAUCCAUUCAGAGGUCUAGAAAUUAGGUCAGCAAUAGUGGUGUGUGGUAGUGAUCCUCUUUAACAUACACUGGAGUUUAUGAACAAUCUGCCUUGCAAGUAUCACUCUCGCUUCAAAGUGUAAGAUCCUGUUGUUGUUGUUGUUUGAUUUAUAACACCUGCUCUUCACCAGAAGGUCCCAGGGCAGAUUAGAGCAUCAUGAAAUAAAGCAUUAAAGCAGUUUAAAACUAAUUUUAGACUUCCUAUUUUAAAUAAUAUGUUUGUUGUAAAAACAUCAAGUUUAGUAUGUCAAAACAUUACUGCAUUCUAGAAUGCAUUUUUACCUGGCAGCACAGCUAGUUUUUUCUUUUGAAAUUUUGGCUGGCUGAUGAACCUAGUGUUCUAUUUCCAGUUACGGUAAAUAUGCUUUUGCUUGUACCCUUGUAUGUAUCUUAUUGAAAAGAUGUAUCAGUAGAUGUUGAAAAAUACAGAGUCAACUCUGUGUGUGGAUUGCACACAGGGUAUACUUAGUCUGGAGAAGAGACCAUUAAGAAGUGGUAAGAUAGAAAUUGUCCAAUAUCUGAAGGGCUCUCACAUAGAUCGGGGUGGUGAAUCUUUUUCAGCGCAAGGGGCCUAUUCCGUUAUCAUUUUUCUAGGCAGACAUGAUCACAGUUCAAGAACACCUAGACAGGUGACAACACUCAAGGAGGAAAUAGGCUAGGACUGAAUGAAUAUGUAGGAAGAGGGUGUGUGGCUUGAGGAUCCAAACAAAAAGGCCUGGAGGGCUGCUUUGAGCCCCUUGGGCUGAGUUUCCCCAUUCUUUCUGUUAUCAUAGGGCAAAUUUGUAUGACCUGAACCAACAGGUUCCAGUUUGCAGGAAAGGUAAACAUCAAGGAAAACUCCUUUUCAACAAUUGAACAAAUUAUGGUGGAAGGUCUUUGUCUUUGUUAGAGGAUUCUAAGCAGAGGUUGGAUGGCUGCUUAUGAGGAAUGCUGUAACAGCAGAUUACUUGUAUCAGCUGGGGGUUGGACUUUGGUGACCUGUGUUGUCUCUUCUGACUCUAUGAUUCCAAUUCUUUAUACUCACCGUUUCUGUGCUCCAGGUUUGGUAUUUGUAUGCAAGCAAAAUUGUAUAAUUUGUACUCUGUAACAUUCAUAGAGUGCACAAAUAGGAUGUUUGUGAAGCUCACAAUUACAACUCUGUUUACUUAAACUAUCAGAGUCAUGAUAGGGCAUUCCAUAAUGGAAGUCCCCACAGUUAACUCAGUGGCAUUCUGGUGUUUUAUCAGUUUCCUGGGCCUUUCCUCUUUCUUUAAUUCUUGGAGUAGCAUUUUUUUUUUAGUGUUAACAAAAGGCUCAAAAGUUCUUUUUCUGCUACAGCCUAAUAGUGAUUAUUUACAUUAGUGUGCAGAAGAGCUCCUCAUAAGAACAUUGAAACAGCCUUAAAAACGAAUCCCCAGUGGUACAAGUCCACUUGUCUACUUACGUUCUUUGUGUGGUAUAUGGAAAACAAUUUCUCUACCUAGCAGUGAUCCUCACAGGCUUCUAGGCAGGGGACGCACAUGCACUCUCCUAGAUGUAGCCUACAACUGGAUGGGUAUUGUUGUUUUCCUUGGUUAAAUUGUCUGCUGCUGUUAUGAAUGCAGUUUAUGCUAUUGUGGAUAAAACAGAAUCAAUAUUACUUUGGAUAGGACUUUAUCCUCUCUACUUAGAUUCCUAGGUCUUUAUUGGCUGAUAGAUUGAUUGAUUUCUUUGUGUACAUACUACUGCCAUUUUGGUAAUUAAGUUAUUUCUGUGGUUAACUCUUGUGUGUGGUGUUGCAUCUCAGAAUGAGUUUCUGAACACUAGGUGGUACUAUUUGAAACAAGGGAUGGAGUUCCAGUGAACCUUCUGUUCACUCAUGCACACGGGCUUCUUUGUCCAUGCCAUUUAAAAUUUCCGUUGUAUGCUGUUUUCCGUCACUUGGUGGUUUCCAGUUGAUAUGAUGUACGUAAUCUGUGGUUGGUCUUUUAAUUUUACCAGUUGUUACUGACCCAGUUAUUUCAGCUUUGCUUUUUCACAGGAACCUUGGAAUUUCUGCCUCUUGUUUUAUGAUAUGAAAGCCCUUCUUUGGAAAAGCAAUACUUGACUUUUUUUCUAUCUUCAUCAUUGAGUGAAUAUAUCAGAUGACAUUAAUUGCCAGUUGUGAUGAAUCUAUGCAAUCAAAUAUCCAAGUGUAUCAUAUACAGAUUGUUUGCUCAUCUUGAUUGUUUCAGAAUAUAGACCUUUUUCAAAGGCAUGAAUAUAAUGUCUGCAGUGUUUUUCCCUGUAAUUUCUGAUUCCAGUAUCCCAAUAAGAGGGAUUGGAGGUUGACUAGGGUAGGCUGAUCAUAUCCUUGUGAUGUAUGAAAAUUGUUGAAUUAAUGGCAGAUCAACACAGUAUGGCUUAUUAUUUAGGCUGUAGCCAUACAUUACUCUUUUUCAGAGAAUUGAUUGAUUUUGUUAUUUUUCUGGCCAAACAUAUUUAGCAGAUUUUUGUUUUGAAACACUACAAUGCCCCCUUAAAAUGGGGAAAUGUACACCCACCAUGGACAAUGAUGGCUUGAUAACACACCCUUUAACUCCAUCUCUAUCCUUAGGGUGAUUUAAGUUCUGAUUCCUUUAUUUCUGCUUGUGAGAUAGCUGCUUCUUGUGCUUUUCUAAUGGUGAGCAUGUAGUGUAAGUGCUAUGAAGUUCCACUUUUUGGACUAACGAUAUGAAGGCAUACUAGUAAGCGAUGCAUACCACAGAUUAGGUGGUACUUCCAUACAGGUUCACAACAAUGGUGGUAUAUGUGCCUUUUAUUGAAGAAGCUCAGGGUUCUUUGGAUUUACAUUGUAAAAGCACAGAAACCAUCACUGGACAAAACAUUUAGUAUCCUGAAAAUUUCAGCUUUCCUUUUAAAAAGUUUUAAUUUCUUAUGGAGGUGAGUUUGAAAGUUUAUGGGCCUUGCCUGAUCACUUUGAAGCCAGAGAGGGCUGAGCAAGAUUCCCAUUAGUCAGGGGGUGGGGCUUCAUUGUUCUGCAUAGCUGCCCCCAUGACUGGCAGAAGGAGACUAUUCCACAAAAUAUGCAGAUAUACUGUACUUAUUUGCAUAAUGCGUACAGCUACUGUUUGGUGCAGAAUUGCCCUUCAUUGGGCUGCAGGAACUUCAAGUAUAGGUAUAUGUGCCUGUGUAGACAUGCACAUCUUUUAGUCAGAGAUGUGAUGAAUCCAUCUCUCCAAGGUUCUUUAUACAACCUUGCACUUCAAGAAUGAACUGCUUUGUAUGGGAAAACAAAUCUUGAUUUUCACCACUUCACUAGAUUAUUCAAGCUUCCUCCAGCAGCAAUAAUGCUGUAUUGUUGACUGGCGAAAACAAGCACAUCUGGCAGCCAUAUUAGGAGGCCAAAGGGGGAUGGGAAGAGAUGCACAGUCAAGUGUUUCGCCACACCAGUCUCUACCAGACACCAGCACAAAAGAAGAGCUGCUUGUCAGUUAAUUGUUGCAGUGUAUAUGGGUGAUGAAGACAGACCGAGUUAAUGUAUACAAGUUUAGUUGCUGACACUUUCAAUACAGCUGCUUUGGAUCAGUCUUCAUGGGCAGAAUUAACUUCUGUAAGAAUGCUUGUUUGUUCUGUACAAGCAAUUUGCUUUUCAAGUUGGGCAUACAGUCAAUUUAACUUGGCUUCAGUAAAGUUAAUUAGUUGUUGUUCAGGGUAUGUUAGCUUGGGGCUCCAGUAUUGGAAAUUAGUAUAGCUGGCAUGUGAGGACUGCAUUUUCUAGCUGAAACUUGUUGAGUCUGAGCUCUGCUCAGUGCUGUAAAGUAUGUGCAGCUCCCUUUGACAUUGGCAUGUGGGAACUGGUUUGGGAAGUUUUCAGAUAGAAAGUAUUCUUACUUCAGAACAGAGUGAAAGAUUGAAAAGCUGCCUGUUUUUCCGCAAACGUUCUAGGAAAUACAGCAUAGUAUAGCAGGUACCUUCAGACUCUUUAAGUCAUUCCUAUUUCAGUGGUCAGAAGCAUGAUCUCUGAGCCUGAAAGUUCCUUGGUAGCGAAUUUGUAACAUUGCCUUAAGUAAACCACUUAGUAGGUUGGCUCAUGUUCCUUCAAUAGGGGGUUGUUUUGCCCAUCCUGGGAGGAAAGAAUUGUUCUCUGUGUUAUAACAAGUGUUCUGUAAAAUGAGGAUGAUAAACAAUUGUCAUAAAUUACCGGUGUCUUGUCAAAAAAUUUGAGAUAAUGUAUGGAAGCAGUUAAAGUAUGUGCUGGAAAGGCCCUAAUUCUAUUUAGUACAGAAGUGUCUGGGAUGUAUAGGAUGCUAAAUGGCCUUGCACCAGUUGGAAGGACUGCCCUCCAUAUGAGUGCAGAGGACUGCUGCUAUUUAGCCAUACCUGUAUAGAUAUUAUGUGGUGCCAAAUGAGUUGGUGUGCUAUGGAAGGGCAGCAUUGAUUGGCAGUAUUACCUCAGUGCCAGGGUCAAGGUUCCCCUUUGUUGCCAUAACUGGAAAACACAAAUGCCAAAUGCAAGUACAACAGUGUCAUUGUGAAGAGCCCCAUAUGACAUGCAACAUGAAUGUACGCAUGUGGCAGGAAUAGACAGCUCUCAGCAAUCCCCACAAGGUGUCCACUGGUGUGCUUCUGCAAAUGGAACCCAUGAACACAGGCCUCUCACUUCAUAGUCUCCCUGUGUCAAGACAUUGGGACAAAUACCAUCCCACUCCCCAAAUGGGAUGGGGCAGAAAGUGGGCCAAAAUAUUUGGCAUCAUUAAAUAUCUGAUAGAACAAGAAAUGCAAUAGUUAUUUCAGCUUGAGCAUAUUUUCUUACUGGCUGUGUAUUAUUUUUCUUGUCACCUAGCAUUAUGUCAGGGCCCAGCAUACCAAAAUGAUUAAAUGGUAAUCUUGUGCUGCUUUGUUUGAGUACAGUGGUAAAAGAACAGGUGGAACACUAAGCAUUUGCUGUUGUGAAAUAUCUACAGGAACUAGGAACUGAUUAGAAAGAAAUGCUAAUUAUAUUAUUCUGGUAACUUCACCAUGUCAAAAUUGCAAAUGGGAAGUGUGCUGUUCAUGUUUUAUUAAAGUGAAGACAGAAAACUCCUAAUUUCAGAGCUGCUUCAAACAUUGUAAGAAGCAUUAAAAAACCUGUAGGAGGGUGCAGAGACAAAUUUAUUCAAUGUGUGCUAGGCAAAAAGAAACCUUCAGAGAGAUAAGUGAACAACACUUGUCUUGAUUUUUUCCCAGUGAAGAGCCAUUUGGACAGAAAAAAUGUUUGACUAAUUUGACUCUGCUCUCUUGGGUAGACUUUUUUAAAAAGGAGAUUCAGGCAGUCCCCACAUCUGAGGCACCUGCAGUAUCCAGGAAUAAUUUAUAACAUCUGAAAUCGCACUGGCAUGCUUCCCCUCCCCUUUGCUUUCAUGCCUUCAUGUAACAAAAGGGACCACAUCUAUUAUUAUUUACAUCAGAUAAGAUCACUUGUGAGUGGCAGCAUUGCACUAAUCUUAGAAUAAUGUGUUACAAGGUUUGAAGUACCAGCGCUCUUCUCUUUCCCUUUCUGAAAACAUGAAACCUAACCCCUCUCCUUCAAGAAUCUUGUCGCUCUAUUUCUAGUUGUUUAUUGAAAAAUGUAUGCUCAUCUGAUCAUGUGUUUUUAGUCAUCUGGGACUUCUGCCAAUAGAAGGGGUUUGCUAUUCACACUCCCUGUUCAGUAGGAAUCAUUUUCUCUGCCACUUGUCUAAGAGCUGCCUACCCAGAAUGCCAGGGCUGGCCUGGGACGUUUUUGCUGCUUGAGGAAAAACACCCUGCCACCACUGCCCCCUACCCUACAUGUCUGGUCCUGCACCCUUCUUGCUGCUGCUGUGCCCUGCAGGUCUGGCAGCCAGGUUGCAACCACAGCAGCAGUCCGAGCGCAGCGGGGAGAGUGCAGCAGCAGGGUGCAGCCGCAGCAGCCCCCGCCUAAGGCAACAGCCCCACCUCACUUCAUGGGCAGGCCAGCCGGCCCUGCAGAAUGCAUUGGGCCCAGCCUAAGCUGACAUGCUUGGAGUCUCAGCUGAAUCCUGUCCAGCCUUGCAAAUCUAACCUUGUGCUUUUUUUCCUCUCUUCCAGUAGUAUUUUGCCUUUGAGUAACUGCCCCCAACUACAGUGCUGCAGGCACAUUGUCCCAGGGCCUCUGUGGUGCUCCUGAUGCCCCUCACCCACUGUCGAAGAUCCCCGGUGGGCGAGGGGUUGGCAGGGAUCCUUCUCUCUCAGCUUUGAUAUAUAAGGUGAGCCUAGUUUAAUGUCUAGAGACUGAUUGCCUUUGUAUGAUGUGGCUUUUUUGUGUGGUUGGGAUGAUGUCUUUGGAUGUUGUUAAAUAAGCCUUGUUUGAGGGAAUGUACUUAUGUUCAAGAAUACACACAUCAAAGAAUGCAAUGGAUAUUCUUAAAUUCAAAGCUCUUCAAACAGAAUAGGUCAAGCAUUUACUUCCAGUACUGUAUAGUCUGGGCUAUUUCUUCAAAUAAUGGACUUUGGGUACCCUUUCUCAGCACCCCCCAGUGCUUGCUUUUUAUGAUACAACAAAUUAGGAAGCAUAGCGAAAUGGCAGUCUGCACCAAGCCAGUACCGAUUUGGAGUGUGUAUAAUGGAGAAAACAACACUAGGUUUCAAUUCUCCCUCUGGAUUGCUCUAAAUAAUUACCCAACUGCUCUUCUCCCCAGAGUUGUGUUUCCAUAACACUUACAAAGCUAGUGUUUUGACUCAUAGAAUGGGUUUCUGAAUGUUUUAUUGCCAUGAAAAAGGAAUAAAGAGGCAAAUGAAUUUCUUUUCAGUAUUCAGAUUAGAAACUGAAAAGGGUGGGCAGUUGCAGAGCCAUCUAUAGAUUAAUCUGAAGAGACCAGUAGCCACAGCUGAUUCUGACGGGUUGAAACUGUUCACCAUUCUCAUUUUGUACUGUGGAUCCUGAUAAAGCUGUGACUAGCAAAUCUCAAGCCUUUGCCAUCUGGUCUCUGAAGUUUUGCUUUUUCCUACUUUCCAGGAGUAGAAGAGUUAUAUUUGCAAACAUGCCAUGUAGGCCAGUGUUAAACAGGAAGCUACAGUGUUGAAGCUCUGCUGUAGAAAAGGCCUAUUCAUAGUCAUCUUUGGAUCUCACCAAAGAAUACUGGCUGACUAUUACUAGUUCUUAAUGCCUGUGAAUAUUGGUUAUCAUAUGCUGCUGGUGUGAUUUCUUUUUUCUUUUCUUUUCUUUUCUUUUCUUUUUUUGCCUCUCAUGUUGAAUUGAGCAGUUCUUUGAUUGCAAAUGGUUCCUUAUAUUUGUGUCUUUAUAAAGGGAAAUAUUCACCUUCCCUACACAAUUCAUUUAAAUAUUGUUCUGACACAACCGCUCAUCAUUUGAUGCUUGCAUAGUAACGACACUCAUUUUGUUCAGUAUGUUGUACUACAAAAACAUGGUGAGAAGAGCAGUUGAGUGAGAUUCUCCUGAAAUGCAGAGUUGCCAUUCAAGUAAUCUUUGUAAUACUAGGGUGUUAGUCACACAGUGGAUUAAAAGACACUUAAUAAAAAAAAAAAUUAGUUGAUAGCGGGGGUUUUAAUUUGGUUGAUUAAUUCUGGGUUUUUAUACGAUUUAAACUAAUCUUGAAGAUGAUAUAUUUGCUUUUAGUUAAUACUCGGAAAUCACUGCUGGUGUGGUCUUAGAAGAGCUAUUCCAGAAGUGGGAGUGCAUUUUCUAAGAUGGUGCUUGAAGUCUUCAUACAAAAAUUAAUUUUGUAACCCAACCUAUUUUAUUAAUAUUUAAUUAACUUGCAGGGGUGACUGGACCUCGCUAAUCUUAUUAUACAAUGCGGAUUUUAAGAUUCUGUUAAAAUGUACAUAUCUAUCUGUCAAGUUCAUAGUUGGAUCAUAUUCUGUAUCCAGUCAAGAAAUGGAGAAAAAAUAUGCUUGGCUGUUUUUCUUUAAAAAGCAACAACAACACACAGUUGACAAUAGUUGCUUUGUAGCUGCUGUCCUGCUUUCUGAUUUGAACAAGAGAAGAUCCCAUGCUCAUGAAGAAGCAGAGCUUUAAACUAUUCCCUGUGCAGUUCUAUAUGCCACAAAUUAAGUUAUCCAGGAGAAUGUCUAGUGGUUUAGGGCAAAAUAAGUUUGUUCAGGUUUUGAUAAUUCUCUUGGCAGAAAGUUAUUUUGUAAGGUGUACCCACCUGAAGAUCGCCCAGGGGAUAGGACUUUGAUUUGGGGAUCAAAAGACCCAGUCUUCAGAGAUGUUGGACUGUGUCAUCAAAAGCAACAUAUGUAAUAGUUUCUUACGAAAAUUAACUUAAGCUGUAACUGAGCAAACUUUCUAAUUAAGUAGAAGCACUGACAUUCAGUAGUUGUUUUAAAAAUAGAGUAUUUUUAGGUUUUAGUCCUCAUGGCAAUGAAGAAAAAAUGAAUAUUAUAUUCUCGUUGGCACUUCCUUUUAACACUUUUAAAUCUUUUUCUGUCACUCUUUAAGGAUGAGAAGCUCACUGUUAACCAAGAUCUUCCAGUGCACGAUGGGAAACCACACAUUGUCCACUUCCAGUACAAAGUUACGGAAGUAAAGGUCUCCUCUUGGGAUGCAGUGCUAUCCAAUCAGAGUCUUUUUGUGGAAAUCCCUGAUGGCGUAUUAGCUGAUGGGAGUAAAGAAGGGUAAGUGUUUGAGCCUAUAGCUAUCAUGGUAUUAUAGAAUCAUAUAAUUGUACAGUUGGAAGGGAGCACAAGGGUCAUCAAGUCCAACCAACAGCAAUGCCAGAAUCUUUUGCCCAGUGUUGGGCUCAAACUCACGACCCUGAGAUUAAGAGUCUCAUACUCUACUAAAGUGCUUGUAGACAAAGGAAUCAAAGGUGUGCUGAAGGGGGAAAAGGAGAGUUGCAGAGAAGCUGGAUAAUUUAUUUGCAUUUGUCUUUACAGUGGAAAAUGUAGUACAGAUCCCUCUGCUUAAACUAACUUUCUCAGGAAAGGAGUCUGAGGCAAAAAGUGGGGACAAGAGGCAAAAUUCCAGGCCUUGUUGACAUAAAGAAUGGACAGACCUGAUUCCCAUCCACCUGAACAUUUUAAAAAGAAUUUUGGUGUGAAAUUGCUGAAAGAGGGAUCCAGGAAUAUAGAUCAUCUGUCCAGGAAAACUGGUGGAAAUUAUGUGCAUCACUUUACACAUGUUUAUAUUAAAUUGCAUUUGCCAUUCUGAUGCCCAUUCACCCAGAUGGGAGAAAAAUGUUUGGAGCUAGCGCGUUGCAAUUUUUGUUUGUUUUAACCACUUUAAACAAAUUUUGUCAUCAGCAUGCUUGGCUGCCUCAUGGCUCACCCCAAACACUAGGGUUUAUUCUAAGCUUUUUGCCCCCAACUGUACAAGUGGCCAGCACAGUGCCCUCCCCCGACUUUUUUGUAGAGAGACAGAAAGGAAGGAAAAAAGAACAGGGAAAGAAGAAAAGACAGGAAAUUUGUGAAAAUGAAGGACAACAAGAUACUAAGAAAAAUAGAGGCGCCUUGAAAAGAAUGGGAGUGGGAAUAAGUUAUCUUCCUUACUUAACUUAGAGUUGGGUUCAGAGACUUCCUUCCCCCACAAACCAUAACUUUGAAGCUGACCUCCAACCUCCCCUACCGCAUCUUGAAACAAAAGAAAUUUUAACAUGCUUAGCAUAAUGUGAAAGGAACCACCAUGGCAGUUUUCUGCUGGGAUGUAAUGACAUAUACUGUUUAAGUAGAAUUCGCUAUGAAUCAAUGCCUUUGACUAGUUAAGUAGUUAGCCUCAUUAUAUACUAUAAUAUACUAUAAUACACUGUUAAGGUUCCGAUGAUUUGAAAGACACCAGUAUUCAUCUUCAUUUUCUAUCUUUUCUCAUUAUUUUUUAAAAGAAGCUACUUAGUUCCUUAUUAAAUCCCAUAUGCCUGAUUUGCAAAAACUAACGUCUUACCGUACAAUUUAUUUUUGACACUGUACAAAAAUUUGUCCAGCUGCAUGGUGGAAUAAACCCUGCCACUAGGUUUCAGUUACACUCAUUAUAUCUAUGCAGCCUUUGAAGCUCCCAUUGUUCUAGGAGCGUUUUGUGACAGGAAAUUUCAUGAGCGCGAGCAGUUUCUGAGCACUGGGAGCAGUACUGCGCCUAAGAUUUCAGAUUAAAACUGCCACUGCUGGAAUAAAAGGAGGACCCUUUUCUGCUUCCCCACUUCCAGCCACUUCGAUGACUGGAGAAGGGACCCUCAUAAGAAUAUUAGGGGGGUAGGCAGGGGAAGUAUGGCUUUGUUUUUGGCAGUGAAAAAUGAAUAUAAGGUUUUAGCUGCAGUUCAUUCAUUUUCAGCUUUGUAUUCUUGUUAUAAAAAAGCAUGCCUAGACAUUCUGUUGCAGCGCCCAUAGCCUACGUUUAAGGCGCCAUUCAGCUCCUAGCUUUCAUAUCUCAGUUUCUAACACUGUAUCAUUGGUGUCCUCUAAAAUCAAGCAACCCAGAUCUAAGUGUUGAAAUAUAUUCAUUAUUUUCUCCCUCCACAUCUGAUGCUGCUUGUAUCUGCCUCAGAGGGAUUAAUUUAGAGACAGCACCUUCUUGUUCCCUGCCAGAGUAGUUUUUCUUGAGUAUGAGGUAACCAAUUCUUAAUGAAUUUACCCAUUUUGACAGAUGCUGAAUUUAUCAUAUUUUGAUAUAUGCUGUGGACAGUACGUGCUUUUUAGUUGUAUCCAAUACUAUCCCAGCGUGAGAACAGACUUCUGCUUGUGCAGUGUGAUUUCAUUACCCUCUUUACCACACACUAAUGGAGCUCUCCCCAUCCUAGCCCUGUAGCCUUCUACAAAAUUUGCUUCCGGAGGUGGAGGGGAACCUUGAGAACAUUAUAGUGGUGUGCUGGCAGGGAGGAGAGGAUAUUGAAGUCUCAUUGUGCAAGUAGAAGUCUGCUUGCCCAACUUGGGAUUCCACCCUUGGUUGGCAAGGUCAGAAUUGGUAAUCUGUUUUCCUUCUUUGUCCUGUCCUUGUUUGUGCUUGCUGGGUGGACUGAAAUAAUGAUUUAAGACACUGAAAUUCAGGUUCAAGGAGAGGGAGCACGAUUAAGAACUCAUGAAAGUAUUUCCUGGUUUGUCCCUUCCCCUAGUUGCUGUGGAGAAUGCAGACUCGCUUUGUUUCGGAGAGCGGGGGUAGAAAUUUGUGUUCAGACAGCUCACCAAAAGGGUGUUAUUGUAGAACCCAUUUCCUUCCCAUCUCAGUUGCUUUGAACUGGAAACCAGUUAUCCCUCCAGGUGAUGACUGGAAGGGAUUUGCUGGCCUUUGUGUUUUGCUGAGGGAAGUAAGUAUAGAAAUGAGCACCCCACUAUCUUGUACUUGGGUGCUGUGGAAGGAGGGAUAUGUCUGAUUGCUCCAUAUUUCUCUGCGAGUGUUGGAAGACAUUCUCUUCCCUCUCUGGAUUCCUGCACAUGGGCUCCACUAGUACACGGAUAACUUGAUAUCCAAAAAAAGGUAACAACACAAUUUUUAAGGGCAAAUUAUCCUUUAUAUUUCCUUUUUAGAAAUGUGUCAGCCCAUUCAUCCCAUCCUCUUAACAGCACUCUUUUGACAGUACUUCUACUGUUGGCAUGGUUUCAGUACAAUUGCAUAACUGUUUAUUUUUAGCCAGCUAAAAUAAGCAGCUUGAAGGUUAUAAUUAAAAUGGAUCAUUAUCAUAUUAACAAAAUCCCUUCCAAGUUAAUCUCUGCUUGCUGCUGCUUUUGACUCUUGUGGCCAUUGUUCACUUAAGCAAUGAUUAAAGCCUGAUUUUUAACUGCAGCUUGCUAAAUCAGUGGCAAGCGAUGCCUGGCUAAGCAGAGGGUUAGGGCUGAGGUCACCCUGUGCUUUGGCUCGUACAGUAUUUCAGAAUUUGGCAUGAGGGUUACGCAGAGUAGACCAACCCCUGAAUCUGCAGUAUUUUGGAAUGUGUUGGGUUUCAUUGCUCCAGGCUAAGGGUGAGCUUGAGGUGGUUACUAGGGAGAGGGGUCUUUUCAGUAGUGGCACCCCAUUUACAGAAUGCCCUCCCAAGAGUCCUGCUUACUUGAUGUCCAUGCUGUGAUGUUAAGUGGUUUUACAUUUUUUUGUGUGUGCUGGCUUUACUGAAAUAAAGUGACCUGAGUCUAGUCAUAUUUAUCCCCACCUGUGCAACAGAUUCCAUCUCUCUGGGGUCUUCCAAGGAAAUUGAAGGAAUUAGGGACAAUAACAUACCCUUCUGGAACUUAUAUUUACAACUCAUGGGACCUGUGUGUAACAUCUUGCCUUCCUCCUGUGUGCUGCUGUGCAUAUGCUCAUUAGCAGCCAUGUUAAAUUUCUACUUUUGACACCCCCCCCCCCCCAAAAAUGCAAGGUCUUUUUCUUGGCACUUCUGUGUCUUCUCUGGCAGUCUGGCAAAAUAGUGGGUUGGGGUGAAUGACAGUCACAUUGAAGACCCUACAAUAAGCUAACAAAUUCAGGGAAAUUGUGUCUGUAUGAUGUGAUUUUUUUUUCCUUUUCCCCUGGCAGAUUAUUAGCACUGUUGGAAUUUGCUGAAGAAAAAAUGAAAGCAAGUUAUGUCUUUAUUUGCUUCCGAAAAAGCAGAGAAGACAGAGGUUAGUGCUUUAGCCUCUUGUUAUCCCCACCAAUCUUAACCUUGGGGCUUGCAGAGUAGCAAGAGUAGCCCUUACUUUUGGGGGUAAAUUUUCCUGCAGGUGCCAAGUGUUGUAUUCUAAACUAAUGUGUGUGGGGUGUUGUUUUUUUAAAGGGCUUUGCUGGGGAUAGUCUGAAUGGUGUUACAGCAUUUCUUGAAAUAUUGGAGGACUGAGUGCAACUUACUCAGAAUGCUCAAAACAGGGCUUAUUCCUGGGUAACUACACAUAAGAUUGCUACAUAUGUUUCCAGUCAGAAUACUACAGUUCUUUGGUUCAAAUGAGAAAGGAAGUAACAUUCUCUUGUUAGCUUUGCAUGUCUGUGCAAUAGCUGUAUUUGGCUGGAUGCCCAAGUUCUUAAAUCAGGUUUAAGUGAGGUUGACGAACUGGACUUUCAAUGCCUCUGUCCUCUUCCAGACCUUUAGAAAAUGCGUUAAGCAUCUAUAGAUAGAAGAUUAAAUCAAGGAAGUUUAGGGAUUCAGUGUAAAGCAUAUAAUUACUAAUUGAAGGUGCAUGUUGUAACAGUGGCAGUACUAUAAGAGGAACUGCAAAUCCUUUCUAUGCCAGUUUUCCUCUGAAUUGCUUCUUUUGUGCAUUGAGUGACCUGUUCACAGUAAGCUUAUCUAGAAGCAAAGGAAUUAAAUUGCAUAUUGAUUAAAACUGUUCUGAGGAGUUUUUUGUUAGAGGUAGUCUAGAAUCUGGCUCCAGGACUCUGGUCUUUUCAGGUUUGUAUUUAGAUUAUCAGUAUCAAAAUCAGACUUUAUAUUUAAAAAGAGGAUUGUACAUCAAUGUAAUUAUUGGAUCCUGAUCCGCACUAAGCCAAACCACAGCUAAGUGUGAAUAUAGGAGUGUGCUAGGGUUUGCAGUAAAACUCCAGCCACUCCUCUCCCUGAUCAUCCCUGUUGCAGAGCCCAGGGCUAAGACACGGUCUGCCUUAGCAUUACAUCCGAAUUAUGGCUUGCCUCCCCAGAAAGCAUGAGCUAUAACCAAACUUCAUUCCUGGCUUACUGCUUAUGGUUUGUCUGGGGCUGGCAAACUACAGUGGUGCCCCGCAAGACGAAUGCCUCGCAAGACGAAAAACUCGCUAGACGAAAGCGUUUUCCAUUUUUUGAGUCGUUCCGCAAGACGAAUUUCCCUAUGGGCUUGCUUCGCAAGACGAAACGUCUUGCGAGUUCUUGCGAGUUUGUUUCCUUUUUCUUAAAGCCGCUAAGCCGCUAAUAGCCGUGCUUCGCAAGACGAAAAAACCGCAAGACGAAGAGACUCGCGGAACGGAUUAAUUUCGUCUUGCGAGGCACCACUGUAUUAGGUUGUGUCCAGAUCUAAGCCAAAUGAUGGCUUAGCCCUGUGCAAUGCAAUGACAGGAGAAGAGUGAAGUGGCUAGGAUUUUUAUUAUGCGUAUCUGCAUACUUGCAUGUUCACACUUUGCCGAGGUCUGGCUGAGUAUUACGUGUGAACUUGCCAUUAAUGGUUGGCAUUUGGCUAUCCUUAACACCUAACCGAGUUGCUUCUUUCUAGUGUAACAUUGUGUUUUCCUUUUGGUGGCUAGCGGGAGUGGGGGAGAGGUAAGAAAUACGGCUGAACUAUUGUUGAGUAGGAUGACAGGUAUUACGAACCAGUAACCAACAGGAUUGCAGCGCAGAACGGACAAGAAAAGGGGUAUGAAAUAUGGCAAGACCUACUAGACAAUUCCGAGCCAGGGAAGAAACUUUUUUCAACCUUCACAGACUGUUGUUGAAUGGUUUCUUCUGUAUACAAUUAAAGUCAUGGAAUUUGCAUUAGGAGCACAGCUUGUUUACAACCACACCUAUCUGAUGUUGCCAAUCUUUGUCUUUGCAGCUGCAUUACUGAAGACAUUCAGUUUUUUGGGCUUUGAAAUUGUGAGGCCUGGCCAUCCCUGUGUCCCAUCACGACCAGAUGUGUUGUUCAUGGUAUACCCCCUGGAUCAGGUCUCUUCUGAUGAUGAUUAG